CGAAGGACCAACUGGUGAAAGAAUCAACUCCAUUCACAGUAGUAACAGUCUUAACACUCCUCAUACUACAAACCACAUAUAAUUAGAUCCCUGCACUACUCCUUCUGGAGUCAACCAAAGCUACGACAGUCGAGUGGUGGGACGAGCUACGCAGACGCUUACCGAAGAACCUCUACCUCACAAUCAAGAGGCGAGCACAAAGAAAUCAAAUUGGUUUAUACUAGCUCGUAAAAACGAUAUUGGAUAUUGAAAGGAUCGUCCUUGCUCGUUUUGAACACAUCUCCUUUUCUAAGAUUUCCAAGUGAUAUCAGUGAAGGUCUCGAAGUACACGCAGAUCUGUCUCCUUAGUGACCCACAGUAACAUUUAUUUCGUAGCUCAAGUCUGCUUAAAGUAAACAUGGUAGUAAGCUUUGUCAAAAUAAUAGUUUUCCUGAGCUACUCGGUGUUCAAAUAAACUGUGAACUAACAAAUAUUACCAGUUUGACUCCAUCAGGUGAUGAUUUUCGGUGGUAUUUCAAGGCGAAAUGUGGAAGCUGUGGUGAAGUCACAAAUGAUUAUGUCUACCUCUGCAGUCUGGUUAGAAAGAACUCCAUUGCAUGAUAGCCGUGGGGAUGCGAAUUUAGUUAUCCGAUGCAAGUUUUGUAGCAGGGUUUCAAAUGCGGAUCUCGUUCCUGGUAGUAUAGCUUCAUAUCAAUGUGAAGAUUCUGGUCAAUUCAAGACUAUUGCAAAAUUCGACUGUCGAGGUUUAGAAUUCAUUGAAUUCUCUCCUCGUGUUGGUUGGUCUGCUUCAGGAGUUAACUCGGAUACAGUUUUCAAUGAUAUUUCCCUUGCAGAUGAGAGCUGGUUUGAAUAUGAUGAAGAAGGCAAAUGUGAAGUCAGUAUAACGAAUAUUCAAACUAAAAUCAUCAAACUUAAACACUAAUCUUUUACUGUCAGUAAUUUCAUCACAAAAUAUAUAUGUAUUUGUU